GCGUUUGCAGAGGUGUCAUAUAGUUCUACCGGGCGGGGCGGCGGAGGGAUAUCGGGCUUGUGGUGUAUAAAUACCACUCCGCUUCCCCUUUGCUUCCAGAAAACUGUCUACGACAUUCAGAGAGAACAGAACCGGACACUGUUGGGAACAAUUUGCUUUGUCAAGAUGCAGAUCUUCGUGAAGACCCUGACUGGCAAGACCAUCACCCUGGAGGUAGAGCCCAGCGACAGCAUUGAGAAUGUGAAGGCCAAAAUCCAAGAUAAGGAAGGCAUCCCUCCAGACCAGCAGAGGCUGAUCUUCGCCGGCAAACAGCUGGAAGAUGGCCGCACCUUGUCUGACUACAACAUCCAGAAGGAGUCCACCCUCCAUCUUGUGCUCCGCCUGAGGGGAGGUAUGCAGAUAUUCGUGAAGACCCUGACUGGCAAGACCAUCACCCUGGAAGUUGAGCCCAGUGACACCAUUGAGAAUGUGAAGGCCAAAAUCCAAGAUAAGGAAGGCAUCCCUCCAGAUCAGCAGAGGCUGAUCUUCGCUGGUAAGCAGCUGGAAGACGGCAGAACCCUCUCCGACUACAACAUCCAGAAAGAGUCCACCCUCCAUCUUGUGCUCCGUCUUAGGGGAGGUAUGCAAAUCUUUGUGAAGACUCUGACUGGCAAGACCAUCACCCUGGAAGUGGAGCCAAGUGACACCAUUGACAAUGUGAAGGCCAAAAUCCAGGACAAAGAGGGCAUCCCUCCAGACCAGCAGCGUCUCAUUUUCGCCGGCAAGCAGCUGGAAGACGGCAGAACCCUCUCCGACUACAACAUCCAGAAGGAGUCCACCCUCCAUCUUGUGCUCCGCCUGAGGGGAGGUAUGCAAAUCUUCGUGAAGACCCUGACUGGCAAGACCAUCACCCUGGAGGUAGAGCCCAGUGACACCAUUGAGAACGUCAAAGCUAAGAUCCAAGAUAAGGAAGGCAUCCCUCCAGACCAGCAGAGGCUGAUCUUCGCCGGCAAGCAACUAGAAGAUGGCCGCACCCUGUCUGACUACAACAUCCAGAAGGAGUCCACCCUCCAUCUUGUGCUCCGUCUGAGGGGAGGAAUGCAGAUAUUCGUGAAGACCCUGACUGGCAAGACCAUCACCCUGGAAGUGGAGCCAAGUGACACCAUUGAGAAUGUGAAGGCCAAAAUCCAGGACAAAGAGGGCAUCCCUCCAGACCAGCAGCGUCUCAUUUUCGCCGGCAAACAGCUGGAAGAUGGCCGCACCCUCUCCGACUACAACAUCCAGAAAGAGUCCACCCUCCAUCUUGUGCUCCGUCUGCGGGGAGGUAUGCAGAUCUUCGUGAAGACCCUGACUGGCAAGACCAUCACCCUGGAGGUAGAGCCCAGCGACACCAUUGAGAAUGUCAAAGCUAAGAUCCAGGAUAAGGAAGGUAUCCCUCCAGACCAGCAGAGGCUGAUCUUCGCCGGCAAGCAACUGGAAGAUGGCCGCACCCUGUCUGACUACAACAUCCAGAAGGAGUCCACCCUCCACCUUGUGCUCCGUCUGAGGGGAGGGAACUAAGCAGCUUCUGGUCACGAAGAUGCUUCAGAAAACCGACCAAUUGUUCCGGUGUUGAAAUCCCAUCUCAUCCAGUUAUCAGUAAUAACCUUUUUAUAAGUUUAAAUAAAGGUUCAGCAUUCCUGAACUUUGCUUUUGUUGUUUUUCACUAGUUUGACAUAACAUUUUGCUCAUGUUCACUUGAGUUUGAAUUUACUAGAUGUAAAACUGGAGGCAUGUUUGAGAUUUAAAGUGGUCCGAAAUAGACAAUCACUGAAAGAUUACAUGAACAAGUGGGUAGUUUUUUUUGAAAGGAUCGUCUAUUGAAAUACUGCUGUUAGUGUUGAUCAUAAUUAAUAAUUAGCUUCUCACUGUCACCUGCUCUGUUUGUGAUGUAGUUCAGCAGAUUGAUUAUGAUUUACCUCUGGUUAUUGGUUGAUACAGGGGCUGCAACUAGAAGUUAAUCUGCACAUUAUUCUUUUGACUGUAAACUCUCAUGGACUUCAGUCUCGUGAAACCUAAUGUGACAUUUGCAAUUGUGUCUUGUGGAAUGCUAAGAUUCAACUCAAAAUGAUCAAUAAAUUCAGAAAUCUCAAAGUCA